AUGCGUGGUGUGAUUAGAGCUGAGAUGUUCGGGCAACUCACCAGUGGACUUGAGGCAGCUUGGAACAAACUCAAAGGAGAAGAGGUCUUGACCAAGGAGAAUAUUGUGGAGCCUAUGAUAGACAUCAGGAGAGCUCUUUUAGAAGCAGAUAUAAGUGACUCUAUGUUAAUUGAAUCUUUCUUGGUGCUGGAGCUGUGGUUACAUGUUUACUGGUUGACGCAGAUUGUACAUAAUGAACUUGUGAAACUGAUGGGAGGAGAGGAUUCUGAACUGGUUUUUGCAAAAUCUGGCCCUACUGUAAUAUUAUUGGCUGGUCUACAAGGUGUUGGAAAGACGACUGUUAGUGCUAAGUUAGCUUUGUAUCUGAAGAAACAGGGGAAGAAUUGCAUGCUGAUUGCUGGAGAUGUGUACAGACCGGCUGCAAUUGACCAGCUUGUUAUUUUGGGUGAACAGCUUUAA